UCUAUGGUCGUCACUACCGUCAGCAUUAAUACUUGCUGCGGCAGAGGCACUGGAAACAAUCUUAUGAGCGUUGGUCUUACUAUUGGAGCUCCCGCCCCCCGGCCUCCUCGACCACCACGUCCUCGGGCCAUAUGUUCCCACUGGACGGACGUCCUUGGUGCAGUACGAGACGAAUAACAAGUCCCCACGUUGUAUCGUACAAACAACCCUUUGAGCAGAACCAGCAGCCGGAAAUGAUAGAAAAAAAAUAUUACUGAUACUGAACAAGCAAACGCAAACUGUAACGGAAACGAGACAGGAAUGUCACGGGAUUGUGCUCCCGCUGCAAGGGCGCCAACCCACGUACAUCAUCGUCAUCAUCUGCAGGGAAGGUAAACACAGCACGGGGCGCCGCUCUGCAACACGGAAGCUGAGGAUCACCAGCGGCUGUCAGGCGGCAGGGAGAGUAGUGCAGUAUGCUUAGUGUAGAGGAGAGUAGUGCCAGAGGAAGAAGUCUCAAAUAAAGGAACAAGACUUCAGACAAAAGCCAGAUUGGUGAGGAUCAUUGUGCUGGAACAUCAUCAUCAUUUCAUAGACGCCUGCUCCUAGGAGCUGCCACCAGGGGACAGCCACGGCAGAAGAGUUUCCAACUGUAACGCAUCACAGCAAUGCUAGGGAUGCUAACACAGGCCUCCCCACAGAGUAGCAGAGGGCAGAGGGCGGCGUGCGGCCCUGCAUUGCAUCAAAUCAGCUGCCCCAUCACGGCCAUGCCCACGCCCGUCAUUCUGGGCCAAGGAGAACCUCGGGUGGCAGGCAGCACAGCGGGGGAGGCGGCGGUGCCAGGCCAGGAGGAAUUUGGCGAUGACAUUUACCAUCUGGCGAGGGAGCAGCCGUGGGUGGUGGCAGCAACUCAUCGAGCGGCGUGGAGGAGGGAGCCGCCAGGGUGGACCACGCCUACAGCCUGCACGUCACCGCCCGCCAUGCACUAAGGGCUGUGGGCGUGCAUGACCGCCAACCAAAGACUCAGCCCAGAGGAAGAGCCAGGCCAGCACCACCACAGGGACAGAGGACGAUGAGGAGAGUGUUCCAACGCUGCUCCAACUCAAGGUUCAUAGGCCACACGCUGAGCCCUGCCAAGAUGUCCUGCCAGGUGGUCGGCCUCCACCCCUACACCUCCCACUGGUUCCUCCUGCUGCCCCACUACAAGGAUGUGCCAAGUAUGCCCUCCAGCCUGCAGUCCUUGGAUGAAACCCUCCACACUCUGACCUGUGUGUUGGCCCGCCAUGUGUACGCCCUCGGCCUCAGCAGUCUGCCGCUGGAGCGCGUCGGUGAACGGCGACUCGUCAGGAGGGCUUCACCAAGCGCUCCGGCCUGGAUGUUAGUGCUGAGUGUUGCCUCCCAGAUAGUGAAGUCGCAAUCACCUAAGAUGGAAGCCUUGGGUCUGCCUGGGUCCCUGCUGCCGCUGUGGUCACUCUCCCCGCCCCUGCCCGUGCUGCAGCCCUCAGCCCCGACCUCACCCUCAUGAACUGCUCUGACGUGAAGGAUCACUUGGUCAACAUGCUGCUGAAUAGUGGAAAGUGUGACGGUGGUGGCGGACAAGAUCGCUGGCCCUUUCCACCUUGGCCAUCCACCUCUACCACGAGUUGGCCCACCAAACACUCCACACCAAGGUUAACAAGGCCAUCAAUGUGCUCCAGGCAUACCUCAAGGUUUGGCUUUACUCCCCUCGUUGUUUUGGUGGUGUAGUAAGUGUGGGUCAGGGAUGUUGCGGGAUUCAGUUCCCCUGUCUUUUGUCCCUCCCUCAUCCCUGAUCUCCCUGUCCUUAUACCAACAAGAACCAGUCAGUCAGUCCCUCAAGGUCCGGGUAUGCGGGUGAAGUGUUUUCACCUCAAGGAACUAGACGUCCCUGCCCUG